UCUAAAAAAAAAUCUUGCAUUGUUUAUUUUCAUUUCUGUUUUAGUUAGCCAAAAUGGCGAUCAGACCCCUUGUAAAAAAUAAACAGUUGAAGAAGAGAACAAAGAAGUUCAUCAGACAUCAAUCUGACAGAUAUGUUAAAGUGAAGACUAACUGGAGGAAGCCCAAGGGUAUUGACAACAGAGUCAGGAGGCGCUUCAAGGGGCAGUUUUUGAUGCCAAAUAUUGGUUAUGGAUCAAACAAGAAAACCAGACACUUGAUGCCUGAUGGUUUCCAAAAAUUCCUUGUACAUAAUGUUAAGGAAUUGGAAGUACUUCUGAUGCAGAAUAGAACAUUUGCAGCUGAGAUUGCCCACAAUGUAUCUAGCAGAAAAAGAAAAGAAAUUGUUGAGCGUGCUCAGCAGUUGUCUAUCAAAGUGACCAAUCCAAAUGCCAGACUGAGAUCAGAAGACGAUGAAUAGAAAAAUAAAAUGGGGCUAAAUAAA